GUUGCUUGCGCCACCGAAGCCCGACACGAUCGGCCGAUCGCUGUUUGCAAAGCCGAAGUCCGGCCACAGCAAGGAGCCGUUUCGAGAAAGCAUCCAGCAGGGCUCAAGGCCAGCUUCCACGCGCGGGAAGACGAGCGCAAAGGAUUCCGAGGAAAGCGAUGAGGAAAGCCAGGCCUCGGAAGCCGAAUCAAAGGCUUCGAAGGCUUCGAACUCGAAGGCUUCAAAGAAGGGCAAGGAUGCCGAGGACGCGGCAGGUGGUACCAUCGAGGUCAAGGAUCCGGAGACCUUGUGGAAGGUGAACAUCGAAGCAGUCUACCGGCGAAAGAAUCCGAAACUCUUGUCGAAGGUGCCGGACUUCAUUGCCAAAUACAAGGCCCCUCAGAUUCUUUCAGCUCUUCGCAUAGCCUCGCCCUCGCCUCGCCAUGGCCGGAAGCGGAAGCGGUGCACCAGGGUCUUCCAGGGACUUGGCCAGCUGAGCGAUGACGAUGUCACGGUGUGCUUGAGGGCAGCUGGAGUGGAGACCUCGCGCAGAGUGUUAGGCCUGCGCCACAGCGCUCUGAUGGGGCUCGAUGGCCACUACCGCGCGCGGAUUAUGGCGCGGGAUGCCAUUCUGGCGCAGCACCACCCAGCAGCCGCUCCGCAGCAGACGCCUCCCUCAAAGCCUAUGCCGACUGUCGGGCCGACCAGCAAGCAGGCCUCCAAGGGCACUGGGAAGACCGCGCCGCAGCCCGCACAGCAGCCGGGAACGCCCUCUACCAGUACCACGCCUCCGCCGGCGACUACACGACCCACGGCUACUUCAGCAAGCGCAGGGGCCGGCCCCGGUGGCACAACCGCAGGCAAGGCAACGGUGCCGAAGAAGACGCCGCCAGCCAAGCCGACUGCGGCCGCCGCACCCGCCGCGCCGCCUGGAACGGUGAAGCCUGGAGUGGUGGCUCACAUCGGCAAGCGCCCUCCCGUGGUACCCUCGGCGCCUUUCGAGGACUCGACAGCCCAGGACGUCGAGCUCAUGGUGGACAGGCCAGUUGGGACAGCCAAGGCCCCAUCGCCGUCGCCACCGCCGCCCGCCGCUUCGCUGGCCUACCUCGACUUGAUCGUGCCGGACCUCGAGGACCACAUGCUCCAGGCGCCCACGACGAAGGCUUUGCCGCCAGUGCCGGAGUCGCCAAUGUCAAGCGAGCACGCCGAGGAGGAGCAAGGACGCCUGGAUGGGGACAGCGACUCCGACGACGACGAGCCGGUCGCAGUGGAGCCGUGGCCUAGGGAUGAAGAGGACGAUGGCACCCCCGCACAGCCCGCCCUCGCAACGCCAGCAGCCCCGAGGGAGACGGCCACGGACACCGACGCGGGCGCCACGCAGGAGACUGGUGGGGAGGAGCAGCCGGCUGCCUCGUCAGCCGACCUCCCGCAGACCGCUUCCGCUGGAGACCCGGACGAUGCUCCUUUGCCACCGCCCAAGUUCCCGCUGCCGGACGUCGUGGAAAGGGAGAGGAGGCGAGCAGAGCGCCGCGCCAGAGAGAGGGCCGAGCGCGAAGCAGAGCGAGCCGAGCGUGAGGCCGCCGAGCGCGCUACGCUCGACGCCUGGGCCGGCUACCCAGACCCUUGCAACGUCUUGCAGAACGAGACGAACAGCAUCUGGACGUUGCCGCCGGGGGUGCCGCCACAGCCCGCUCCUUCUCGCCACGCAGACGCACACGUUCAAGGCUAUUGUAACCUCGGGUGUGAAACCCCGAAACGCCUUCGAACGAAUGUGUGCCUUGGCCGCUGCUACCGGCCCAUCAUACAGACGAGGGCCGGCACGGUGCAUAAGCACCACUUUUGCUCCCCGUGCGAUCGCACACGCACAGCUCGCGACCGCUGA